AUGGAUCGACCGCGCGGGUUGCCGGAUCGCAAGCUCUACAAGGGCGUCAACGUCAGCAGCUUCUUUGACGAAGCGAGCUACCUCGCGUUUUGCGUCCACGAGUUUCGCCCGGACGAUGUACUCGCGCUCACGUACCCCAAGUGCGGCACGACGUACCUCCAAAAGCUCCUCUACUUGGUGACGCGCGUCGACGCCACCGGUGACAUUCCGACGUUGGAUGCCGACAAAGACGCUGCAGUCGCCUAUGGCCAGCUCUACCCCGAGUGGCUCCACCGCGACGAGACGGGCCAUCCGCCUUUUCCGUCGUUCACGCUCGACGAUAUUUUGCACCAGGCAUCGCCGCGCAUCUUUAGCUCGCACCUCCGCGCCGACCUGCUGCCGCCGCCCGUCGGCCGCGUGCUCAUCAUGUUGCGCAACCCGAAAGACGUCUAUGUCUCGCUGCAUUGCAUGCAGAACAAGCUCCACACCGUUCCGUGGUGCACCACGACGGACAACGUUGGCAGCCUCGACCGGUUCCUCCCGGGCGCCAACUGCGACGCGAUUUAUGGCGAUUACUUUGGCUACAUGCGGCAUCUACAGGCCUACGUCAACGCCUACCCCUCCCACUGCCUCGUGCUCUACUAUGAAGCAUUUCUGUCGGACUUUGACGCGCAGCUCGAAGUGCUAGCAGCGUUUUUGGGCCUCGCGAAGCUGACGCCCGCCAAGCGCCAAGCUGUUGCAGCGCAAGCGUCGUUCCGGGCGAUGCAAGCGGCGCAUGCCAACUCGAUGCGCGCGAUGCUCUUUCGAAAGGGCGAGUGCGGCGACUGGAAACACUACGUGGACGUGGCGACUGCGCAAGGAAGGUCGCCGUCAGCUGCGCAGUGGGCGCGCUUUGACGCCGAGCUCGCCGCGCUCACUGACGUGCCAAUCGCGCAGCCGCUCUGGCAGUGGAUGCACUAG